AAACUUGUAAUGUUAUUUUGCUUGUCAUUCUAAUGAACGAAUACGGUUUUUAAGAAACAAUCGACUGUCAACAAAUAUAGUGCUCGUCAUUUUUGCAGAAGCUCGCGAUUUAAUUAAAACUAUAAAGACUACUUUGGGAAUACUUUGUUCAUAAUUAUGAAGAAGGCAGAGAAGAAAACCGAAGAAAUGUCCGAGGAGGACAAAAGAUUGGAAGAAGAAUUGCAUAUGCUAGUUGAAAGGCUUUUAGAGAAAGAUGCUACACUAUAUAAAUUAGCACUAGAAACAUUGCGUAAAUUAAUUCGUACAUCUACUACCUCUAUGACAAGUGUACCGUUACCUUUGAAAUUCUUGCGUGGUUACUAUUCACGUCUGAAGGAACGAUGUGAUACGAUUGAAACUGAUGAAAAAACAAAAGCUUUAUUAUGUUCAGUGGUAUCCAUAUUGGCAAUGGGUCAAGAUAAAAGCUUAAAAGAUACAUUACGUUACUGCUUAAGAGCAGGAGAAGUUGAUGUUGGAGAUUGGGGUCAUGAAUAUGUGAGACAACUAGAAACUGAAAUAGCUGAGGAAUGGAGUAACGAUCAAGUAAACAAAACUCAGUUACUUUCACUUAUUAAAAGUAUUGUAGCAUUUGAUAUGAAACAUAAUGCUGAAAUUCAAGCUUGUGAUUUGUUAAUGGAAAUUGAUCGGUUAGAUUUAUUGCAAGUCGACAAAUCAAACUAUCUAAAAGUUUGUCUUUAUUUAAUUAAUUGUUCUAUUUAUGUCGUUGAGCCGGAAAGAACCAACAUUUAUAAUGAAGUAAUGAAACACUAUUUGAAGUUUGAAGAAUACCCAAGAGCUUUAUGUUUGGCUAUGUCUGUUAAUGACACAGAUACAAUGUCAAAAAUUUUUGUUGCUUGCCAAGAUCCAGUUGUGAGGAAGCAGUUAGCCUAUAUGUUAGGUCGACAGUAUGUAGGUUUGGAGUUGAAUGACGAACCUAGAGAUAAAGCAGAUCUCACCAAUAUUAUGUCAAACUCGCACAUUAAUGAACACUUCAAUAGCUUAGCAAGAGAAUUGGAUAUUUUAGAACCAAAGACUCCAGACGAUGUGUACAAAACGUGGUUAGAAGGAUUAGUUUUACGUCCAUCAUACAAUUUAGAUGUUCCGGUUGAUUCUGCUCGUCAUAAUCUUGCAUCUACUUUUGUUAACGCUUUUGUAAAUGCUGGUUUUUCACGUGAUAAAUUAGUGUCUGUCGAAGAUGGCAACAAAUGGAUGUACAAAAAUAAGCAACAUGGUAUGUUAAGUGCUGCAGCAUCUCUUGGUCUUAUUCAUUUGUGGGAUGUUCAUGGAGGAUUAACCCCCAUAGACAAAUAUUUGUAUACAUCUGAAGAAUAUAUAAAGGCUGGUGCAUUACUUGCUUUAGGAAUUGUAAACGUAGGAGUUCGUAAUGAAUGUGAUCCCGCUUAUUCGCUUUUGUCAGACUAUGUAUUGCACGAAAGCGUAUUACUUCGAAUUGGAGCUGUUUUAGGAUUAGGACUGGCGUACGCCGGUACAAGACGCCAAGAUGUCAUAACAUUGUUAUUACCUGUUAUGUCCAAUAGUAAAUCUACUCCAGAAGUUGUCGCUUUAGCUGCGCUUUCUUGUGGAAUGAUCAGCGUUGGUGCGGCUAACCAAGAAGUAAUUUCUGGUAUUCUGCAGACAUUAGCUGAUCUACCUUCCACUGAACUUCAAGAUGGUCACUAUUCUCGAUUUUUGCCUCUUGCCCUUGGACUGUGUUAUUUAGGUUUGAAAGACAAAGCUGAUGCUCUCGAUGGAGAUUUAAAUGUGUUAGCAGAUCCAUUUAAGUCUAUGGCAAAAAUGACUGUAAAAAUGUGUGCUUGUGCUGGAUCUGGCGAUGUGCUUAAAAUUCAAGAGUUAUUACACAUAUGUAGUGAGCAUUAUACUCCGGCUCCUAAAGAAGAAAACUCAAAGAAGCAAAGUGACAAAAAGGAAAAAGACAGUGAUAAAAAAGAUACAGCGGAAAAAGAAAAAGAGAAGGAAAAAAAUAAAGAAACCGCCAGUAAAGAUCUUUCAUCGAUGCAGGCAGUCGCAGCCUUAGCUGUGGCCGUAGUAGCAAUGGGAGAAGACACUGGAGCAGAAAUGUGUACUAGAAUAUUUGGACAAUUGGGAAGGUAUGGCGAACCACCUGUAAGGCGAGCUGUUCCAUUGGCCAUUGCCUUGCUUUCAAUAUCUAAUCCUCAAAUGAAUAUCAUUGAUGUUCUCAAUAAAUACUCUCAUGAUUUAGAUGAAGAAGUUGCUCAUAAUGCAAUAUUCUCCAUGGGUCUAGUUGGAGCUGGUACUAACAAUGCUAGAUUAGCUACUAUGUUACGACAGUUGGCUCAAUAUCACGCAAAGAACACUGGGCACUUAUUUAUGGUGCGCAUUGCUCAGGGUUUGACGCAUAUGGGCAAAGGUACUUUGUCUUUGUCACCAUUCCACACUGAUAGACAAGUGAUGAAUCCCGUGGCUGUUUCCGGACUUCUUAUUACACUGUUUAGCUUUUUAGAUACUCGUAAUAUAAUUUUGGGCAAAUCACAUUAUUUACUUUACACAUUGGUCGUCGCUAUGUACCCAAGAUGGUUAGUCACUUUAGAUGAAGAUCUUGAACCUCUACCUGUAUCAGUUAGGGUUGGUCAAGCGGUUGAUGUAAUCGGCAAAGCAGGUACCCCGAAAACAAUAGCCGGAGUGCACACCCAUACAACACCUGUGUUGUUGGCUGUAGGAGAACGUGCUGAGCUCGCCACUGACGAUUAUAAACCUCUCACCCCUGUCAUGGAAGGUUUUGUUAUAUUGCGUAAGAAAACGGCAGACGAGUAAAUUUUUUUUCAACCAUCAUUAUUUAUAUAUAUAUUUUUUACAAUAUUAGAUAUGUGUGUCAACAGAGUUAAUAUUAUUUUGUAAAUAAUAAAAAUUAAUAUUAAUUAUAGAUUAUAUAUAAUUGAAUUUUUUUAAUAGUA